AUGACUGGCGUGCACACAAACCCAAUCAUUGUGGGAACAACGAUCACAGCUGAAUCCACGGUAACAUCGACAACAACUCCAAUCUCUACUCAAGAAAGCACAAAACCGACAACAAAACCGGAAUCAACGAUUGAGACAGAUGAAUCGACUACAACCAAACCAUCAACUAAACCUUCAACCACCGAGGCUCCAAUGACUGACAAGGAAAAAGCGCCAACCACUCUCUCGGAGAUUUUGUUGACUCUCCAACCCAUCGAUCCAUCCACCAUUUCGCCAUCGAGGAGCACUAUCGACUUGGAGUGCAAUGGAAACCCGAUGUCACCGAUGCCUUUUGAGGGAAUGGUCCCAAGCAAGACAACUUGUGGAGCCUGGGCCUUCGAUGUCUUUGAAUCGACCACAACUGUGCCCGCCUCCUGCCUCAUCGCUUGCCCAACUGGAUACACCAACUUUGCUCAA